AUGGGUGACUACUUAAAGGCCUUGAGUUAUCAUGAAAAGACACUGGAACUUGACUUGAAAACACUGGGACCGGACCAUCCAGAUGUGGCUACGACAUACAACAAUCUUGGAAGUGUUUACUAUCAGAUGGGUGACUACUCAAAGGCCUUGAGUUAUUAUGAAAAGACACUGGAGCUUCAGUUGAAAACACUGGGACCGAACCAUCCAUCUGUGGCUACGAUAUACAUUAAUCUUGGACUGAUUUACAAAAAUAUGGGUGACUACUCAAAGGCCUUGAGUUAUUUUGAAAAGACACUGGCACUUCAGUUGAAAACACUAGGACCGAACCAUCCAUCUGUGGCUACGACAUACAUCAAUCUUGGAAGUGUUUACUAUCAGAUGGAUGACUACUCAAAGGCCUUGAAUUAUUAUGAAAAGACACUAGCACUUGACUUGAAAACACUAGGACCGAACCAUCCAUCUGUGGCUACGACAUACAAUAAUCUUGGAAAUGUUUACUCCAAGAUGGGUGACUACUCAAAGGCCUUGAGUUAUUAUGAAAAGACACUGGAACUUGAUAUGAAAACACUAGGACCGAACCAUCCAUCUGUGGCUACGACAUACAAUAAUCUUGGAAAUGUGUACAGUAACAUGGGUGACUACUCAAAGGCCUUGAGUUGUUAUGAAAAGACACUGGAACUUGAGUUGAAAACACUAGGACCGAACCAUCCAUCUGUGGCUACGACAUACAAUAAUCUUGGAAAUGUUUACUCCAAUAUGGGUGACUACUCAAAGGCCUUGAGUUAUUAUGAAAAGACACUGGAACUUGAUAUGAAAACACUAGGACCGAACCAUCCAUCUGUGGCUACGACAUAUAAUAAUCUUGGAAAUGUGUACAGUAACAUGGGUGACUACUCAAAGGCCUUGAGUUGUUAUCAAAAGGCUCUCGAAGUUAUGCGGAAAUCUCUCCCGGCUACUCAUGCUUCUAUCAAUGUGUGCGAAAGAGCAGUGGCGGACAUGAGUAAAAAACUGAUGAGACUUUCAUAA